AUGCAGGCGGUGCCGAGCGGCGUCGUCACCGUCACGCUUCACGGCGAUGUCACUCACUGUGGACGUCAUCGCACCUCUUGUGACCUCGUAGAAGAAGCAGCUCGCACCUCUCGCCUCCGUUUGGUGCUUUGGAAGUACGCCCGCGACACUCUGCACAAGCUGGAUGUGAUUGGCUCCUCGUUGUAUGACGUGGAGCAUUGCACGAAGACUAUUGGCCCGUGUCCUCCACGGUGUGACGUUCGCGUCUCCGUGAGGUGUUGGGAAUCAUCCGCCCCCGCGUGGGACAGUCCCGCGACUGCCGCCUCUACGGCCGUAGCUGUGGCCGAAGAAGAAGGGGAGAGGGAAUGGACCCAAGUGGCAUAUCAUCGCAGUAUUUCCAAACGCACUGUAGUCUACGCUGUGAUUCAUGCGGGGUUGCAUUAUUACAAAAGCAGUCCCGUGCGCGUCAGUGAUAAUGGCACAGCCCAGUUUGAUGACUCUGUCACUUUCCACGAUGUUCUCCCGGAACGAGAUGAGGUGAUUGUGUCCAUCGUUGGCAAGGGGAUUUCUGGAACAUGUGAAACCGAUUUGGGUGUGGCCGUCUUCCCGCUCCGCACGUUGGUGCGCCAACAGGCACUCCUGCUUACGGUUCCGCUUGUGCGUCAUGCUGGUACGGCGGAUGCGUAUUUUAGGGGAUCUGUGCAGGUGGAACUUUUUGCGGUGAAUUUUAGUGGAACAUCCAUAGCAGGCAAGGGCUCCGCCUCUGCUCGAUCGCAACUUCAACGGCUACUCUACCGGUAUGACCCCCAUAAGCUGCAUCGCGUGGAAUGUCUCCUCCUAGAUCACGUAGGACGUGAAGAGGAGUUUGUGCAUACGUUGCUGGAAAAGUAUGGACCGGAUUCAUACCCGUCACUUAUGGAGCUGCGUCUUAUUGGGCUUCGUAACUUUACACCGGCUUGCGCCUGCUACGUGAAGGUGUACAUGAAUGGGGAGUCUGUGUUGCGCUCCUCGCAGCAGUCUGGCGCGGCAAACAUUACAUUUUCCCCAUCUGACGCCAAGAACGCCACAGUGGUGACGCUCGACGAUCCUCAGCAUGCGCGGCUGCGAGUUAAGGUGGCGCAGUACCGAUAUCUUCAAUCUGUCACUAUCUCCUUUGCUGAGAUGCGUCUGAGGAACAUGGUUGCGAGGUGCCUUAACGAGCACUGGCUUCCACUGUUCGGUAGUGAUGGUGAGGAAAUUGGACGUCUUGGUAUAGCAUUGAAAUGCAAUGGUUUUAUUGGUCUUGAUGUGGCGCCAGUGAAAUUGGAGGCGGCUGAGAAGGAUGCUGUUUCCCUGCUCCGCAAGUACAAACGCGAGGCCCUGCCGUUUCUUCAGCCGCUGAUGACAGAGGCCGGUAGUGCAGCAGCGGUGCAUGCGGAGAUACGCCGCCGUGUCGCCACCAGGCCCGUGGCUGUCACCGUGUACGUGUGUGUUGAGUCCCUCUCCUUCACCGAGUCCGGUGUCUUUUAUGAUCAGUGGCAUACAUCAAUGACACCGCUACAGCAGGAAAAUGAAAGGAGCGAAUACACGGUGACGGCCAACUGUGACCACGAGGAGGCUAGUGUGAGUUGGUCUGAGCAAUUGCAAGGAUCCGGUGCGGAUAUUCGGCUGGAUAUUCCGGAAUUUGGCAAAUGUGGGGACCACCGUCUUACCAUCACCGUAAGGCAGGCUCGGGGUGCACGAUCCCUGUCUCGUACCGGGAAGAAACUGCGUUCGAGUUCGCGUGGUAGCCGCACCAACUCCCCUCAACAAGCGACACAUUCUCAGCAGCUUCUACCGCCGAUUGAGCUUGGUCGCGUGGUGGUCUCGCUUAGGGCACUGCUCACCCGAAGCCUGUAUGAUGCGGCGGAGCGGGUCACACUUCCUUUGGUAUCUUUUACUCAGAACCCCGCUGAUAUGAGAGCAUUACAGCAGCAGCAACAACAACAACAACAACCAUCGCGAUCCUCGGCGGCGGUGUUGCCUUUGUGUACUGUAGUUGGCACCGUUAGUUUUAGUGUCCGCCUCCCUGCGUUUGAGCAGGUUCCAUCGUGGCUGCAGUUGAAAUGA